GGGCUGGCUGGUGGCGAAAGCGACGGCGAGUGGCUUGCUUGUUCCUCGGGGAGAAGCACGAGGGCAGCUGGGCUGUCGCCAAGGCAGGCUUUCCCCCGGUGCGAACAAGGCGAGAGCGGCGCCUUUCCGGCCGCAACUCGCGGCGGCGAGUGGAUGACAGUGCACGGCACAAAGCGACGGCGAGAGCUCCGCUUACUCCCCCACUGGCAGUUUAGAAACCCCAGGAAGUGAAUGGAUUAAUCCCCCGACUCUGUUUUGAAGGGCUUUGGACAGGUAUUCAUUCACCAGCUGAAAACUGGCGAUUUGACUCCAAGUACAAUGUCUUCUGGAAGAGUCCGAACAAAGAAGAAAGCAUCAACUUUGGAUCAGUCUCUUGACAGCCUUCCUCUGAGGAGUUCAGGAAGGCAGGUAAGGAAGAAGGCUGCAGCAGAUACAGCAGAGGAUGAUGAAGAUGCUUCAGAGAAAAAGUAUCGGAAGUGUGAAAAGGCGGGGUGUACAGCAACAUGUCCUGUUUGCUUUGCAAGUGCAGCGGAAAGGUGUGCUAAAAAUGGCUAUACAUCAAGAUGGUAUCAUCUCUCCUGUGGGGAACAUUUCUGCAAUGAAUGUUUUGAUCAUUAUUAUAGAAGUCAUAAAGAUGGCUAUGAAAAAUACACUGCCUGGAAACGGAUUUGGACCAGUAAUGGAAAAAGUGAGCCCAGUCCCAAAGCGUUUAUGGCUGAUCAGCAGCUCCCUUAUUGGGUACAGUGCACAAAACCAGAUUGUGGAAAAUGGCGCCAGCUGACAAAGGAAAUUCAGCUUACCUCCCAAAUAGCCAGAACGUAUCGUUGUGGCAUGAAACUGAACAAUUCCGUCAAGGUGGAAGGCUCAGAUCAGUGCUCCAUGCCUGAGGAUCUGAGAGUUGCUGAAGUUUCAGAUUCCUGGUGGUACUCCAUGCUCAUUCUUCCUCCUUUACUGAAGGACAGUGUGGCAGCACCUUUGUUGUCUGCAUACUACCCUGACUGUGUGGGCAUGAGCCCAUCUUGCACCAGCACUCACCGGUCGCUCGGUGAAUCCAAUGCAGUAAAAAUGGAGCACUUGAAGACUCCACCUACUAUAGCAGGAAUGAACAAGUAUUUCCAGCCUUUUUAUCAACCCAAUGAAUGUGGGAAAGCACUGUGUGUAAGGCCUGAUGUAAUGGAACUAGAUGAACUCUAUGAGUUUCCGGAAUAUUCAAGAGACCCCACCAUGUACCUGGCUCUGAGAAACCUCAUUCUGGCUCUGUGGUACACAAACUGCAAAGAACCUCUCACAUCUCAGAAAUGUACUCAUUUCAUCAUUGUUCGAGGUCUUGUGCGUAUUCGUUGUGUACGGGAGACAGAGCGGAUACUUCAAUUUAUGACCAGGAAAGGUCUGAUUAAUACAGGGAUUUUGUCUGUUAAUCCUGACCAACCUCUGCUUCCCAAAGACUAUCACAAUAAAUCUGUAAUUGUGGUUGGGGCUGGUCCAGCUGGUUUAGCAGCUGCAAGGCAACUUCACAAUUUUGGAAUCAAGGUGCUUGUACUUGAAGCAAAGGAAAGAAUCGGAGGGCGAGUGUGGGAUGACAAGACUUUCAAGGGAAUCACUGUGGGGAAAGGAGCACAGAUCGUUAAUGGCUGUGUCAACAAUCCAGUAGCACUUAUGUGUGAGCAACUGGGCAUUAAGAUGCAUAAACUUGGAGAGAAGUGCGAUUUGAUUCAGGAAGGUGGGAGGAUAACUGACCCUGCCAUAGAUAAGCGCAUGGACUUCCAUUUCAAUGCCAUCCUUGAUGUUGUAGCUGAUUGGAGAAAAGAUAAAAAUCAGCAUCAAGAUGUUCCUCUUGGAGAUAAAAUCCAAGAGAUCUAUAAAGUUUUCAUUCAGGAAUCUGGUAUCCAGUUCAGUGAACUAGAGGAAAAAGUCCUGCAGUUUCACCUCAGUAACCUUGAAUAUGCCUGUGGCAGCAAGCUUCAUGAAGUUUCUGCACGCUCCUGGGAUCACAAUGAAUUCUUUGCUCAGUUCGCUGGUGAUCACACUCUUUUAAGCUCAGGGUACUCUACCAUAAUGGAAAAAAUGGCAGAAGGCUUGGACAUUCGGUUAAAAGUCCCAGUCCGUAGUAUUGACUAUUCAAGAGAAGAGGUCCAAGUGACUGCAACAGAUGGGACUCAGUGGACCGCCCAAAAGGUUUUACUUGCUAUACCUCUGGCUAUACUUCAGAAAGGUGCCAUUCAAUUUAACCCAGCUUUGCCAGAAAGGAAAAUGAAAGCCAUCAAUAGUUUGGGAGCAGGGGUCAUAGAGAAGAUUUCACUGCAGUUUCCUUACAGAUUCUGGGACAGCAAAAUUCAAGGAGCUGAUUUUUUUGGACACAUUCCUCCUUGUUCCAACAAACGUGGCCUGUUCAGUGUUUUCUAUGACAUGGACCCACAGCGUAAAUGCUGUGUUCUAAUGUCUGUCAUUACUGGCGAUGCUGUGGCAACUAUCAAGAACUUGGAUGAUAAGCAGGUUCUUCAGCAGUGCAUGAUUAUCCUCCGGGAACUAUUUAAGGAACAGGAAGUGCCAGAUCCAGUCAAGUAUUUUGUUACACGAUGGAACAAAGACCCUUGGAUCCAAAUGGCAUAUAGUUUUGUAAAGACAGGUGGCAGUGGUGAAGCUUAUGAUAUCAUAGCAGAAGACAUACAAGGAACAAUCUUCUUUGCUGGCGAGGCCACCAAUAGGCAUUUUCCACAGACAGUUACAGGAGCAUAUUUGAGUGGCGUCCGAGAAGCAAGCAAGAUAGCAGCAUUUUGAAUGCUAAACAACUGUUUACAGAUAUUUUUAAAAAGCUACUUAUUCCAUUUGAAUUUUCUGGGUUAUACCUCAUUCCGUCCCCAAGUGGUAUUUACAUCAGUGGUACCCAGAGUCAGCUUUCAUCAUCUCUUGUUCCACAUUAUUUUUUCCACCUGAGGAUGCAAUUAGGGUCCAUGUUUUCUCAGCAUGGGAUGUUAAUUGAUUUAUAAACAAUGCCAGUAAACAUGUGAGUCCCUAAACCUCUAUACUUUCCUUUAUGGUCCCUCUGAGGUUAAAUAUUGUGGAAUGUUAGAGUGCUUGAUUAUGAGAGUGUUUUAAAAAUGGCAGCGGGUGGACUUUUAAACUACUCAUAGCCAAAUGGUGGAUUUACAAGAAAGAUGUCACCUGCUUCUAAUCAUGCUUUGAACAAUAUAGGUAAUUCCUUUUAAAUCAAACUUCUGGAGCUGCUUUCAAACAUAAUAGCAGUGUGUUGGCAAUUAAAAUACAUAAAACGUCACUUAGAAAACAGUCCCUUAUUUUCAUAUGAAAUAUUACACCAUGUGUGGGGUUUGAGAUUUGCUGAUCAUGUAAAUAGACCAGUGAAAACCAUUAAUUUUGUGACUAUUUCCUUUUGUGCAGUGAAAUAUCUAAAUCAUUUGAGCUCAGUGUAGGUAGAAACAUUUAUAUGUAUAGUUGUGAUGGCAUUGUGUGGGAAAGACUUUGGUGAGCUGUGCUCUUUUUUGAAAGGGUAAAAUAAGAUAGUAUCAUUCAGCUGUGUUAAGCACAUUUAAAUUUCACUGAUUUCCAUGAGAGAAUUAAGCAGAUGCUUAUAUCUUUUCCACUGAAAUCAACAGGGCUGACAUCUAAGUAUUUAAGUGUGUAUAAAGCCUGGCAGAGCACUUUGUUUAUGGGAUCACAAUACAGACAAGAUUGGGGGAAAAGUUAAAUGAUUAUAGCUGACAUGCUGUCAUUUUACUGAAUUAUUUCUAAUAGCUGGACUGUAAUGGAAAAUAUUUCGUAAGGAAUGGAAAAUAUCAAGUGGUAUGCUAUUUAUUUCCCUUUAAAUUUUUAAAUAAGCAAAACGGUGAUAACUUUUGGCCAGACCAGUUAACUGGCCCAUCUCUGAAAUGGGUACUGUGAACAUAGUAGUCCUCCUGUUAGCUGAGGCACAGAUUUGUUUAAUCAGAAUUCAAAAACAGACUUGCACUCAGAACAUUCUGAAGUGACUAGUACCAACCUCUUUGAAGCAAAGCUCUUGUGCACCUGGCAUUAGGCAUUACUUGUAAGCAUUUUGUGGUAAUUGGUAUGAAGACAAAAUGGAAGUUCAUUACAUAAAUUUGAAACCAUUUGCUCUAUAAAUAUAUGUAAAUAAUUGCCUUGUAGAAGUGCUUAUACAGCAGAAAUAUUAAUCCAGAAAAAAGCGUGUGUCUGAGAUGAUUGAGACUACUUUUUAAACAUUUGUUUAAAUAUUCAGAAAAAGUCAGAGGGUUCACUUAACAUUUGAUCCCAAGGAAUUAAAAAGUGUGAAGUUAUUUUCUAAGCAUGGUCAUUUUCUACUGUGUAUAUACAAUUUAGGCCUUGUAAAUAAUGUGGGAAACCAUUAAAAAUCUUCUGGCUGUGAAGCAUGAUGUAUACUGUGCAGGUUGUUUGAUUCAAUGGCCACAUAAUAAAACUGGAAGUGCUCA